UCCAAGUUUGCAUGCAAAAAGCAACUGCGUUUUGGAGAGGGAAGGUACCUGAAGAUCUCGCUCCCUGUACUCUAGUAAAGGCUGUGGUGAAGAGUUUUCCAAAUCUGCUGCUUUUAAGAUUUAAACAGCAGCUUUGCUUGUUGCGAGGAGGUUCGCAGUGAUCCUUGCUAGCAUUGCUUUUUAAGCUGUGUUAAUUUUGUGGCAAGAGUGUCAGGCAUUUCAUACUUGGCUUCCAAAAGAGAAAAAAAAAAAAGUAAGAAAGGCAAGAGGGAGAGAAAAAACCCGACGAGUGUGUGGAAGAAAUCUCCCAGGAAUUUCUUCAAAGUUGUGGUCAGACACAGUAAGGGCUAAAGUGACAAGAAAAGCAAGGCAAAGAUAAAACUUGGUAUUGUGAUAAGAUGUCUGAGUGUAAUGUAGGAGAUUGCAGAAACCUUUUGGGACUACACAUGUUCAUCUUGCCCUGGAUAUGACUGAUUACAAGCUAGUUUUUCUCUAGCGACAAUUCAAACCCCCCCUCAAGAUUAUGUUUCUCUUCCUUGUUGCUUUUUUGUCAGUGGUUUUUAAAAUUGGUUUUGUCAGCCUCUCAGCUCUGCAGCACUGGAACUGUCCUAAUGGAUACAGAUUGAAGACUGAAAACUCUGCUUGUAUAGAUAUUGAUGAAUGCCUUGAAGGUGGUUUGGAAACCUGUGGCCAAACCUGUAUCAAUGUUCCAGGGUCCUACAUCUGCUCCUGUUUGCCUGGCUACACUUUGGACAUCGACAAAAGGUCUUGCUAUGUGAAUGACCCUGCACCAUUCCUACUUUUUAGCCAUGGAAAUGCCAUCUUUAGAAUUGACACUGAAGGGACCAAUCAUGAAAGACUGGUGACUGACACAGGUCAGUCAACGCUUACAGAUUUUCAUUAUGCGGAAGAGAAAGUGUAUUGGGUGGACUCUGAAAGGCAACUACUCCAAAGAAUUCACCUGAAUGGCACAAAACAAGAGAGGCUAUGUUACAUAGAAAAAGGCAUUUCAGGGUUUGCUAUUGACUGGGUAAAUCAAGGCAUUUUCUGGGCCAACAGACAGAAAGCAACCAUAGAAGCAACUGACAUGAAUGGGAAGAAACGAAGAGUUCUUCUAAGAGGUGCUGGUCGUCCCACAAGGAUUACCAUUGAUGCUGCGCAAAGGCUAUUAUUUUGGUCUUCAGAUGGUACUGUUUCAAGCGUACAUCGACUGUCUCUCAGUGGAAGUGAUGUGAGAAGUGUUUUAAGAACUACAGAAAAAAUAAAGGCAAUCUCACUAGAUCUGGUUGACAGAAGGCUCUACUGGAUCCAACAUGACCAUGGGAAAGACAUUUCCCAUAUUGGAUCAUGUGACUAUGAUGGCAGAGCUGUUCGUUUGCUCAAAAACUCUGUCCGACAUCAAUUGCUUGGUAUGUCUCUCUUUGCUGAGUACCUGUACUAUUCAGAGUUGAAAUCUGGUAUGAUAUGGAGAGCCAACAAGUAUACUGGAAAAGUUGUAGUCACAAUUAGCCUGAAGCCAUCAUUUUUUCCACCAGUGGAGAUAAAAGUAGUACAUCCAUUUAAACAGCCGGGUGCAGAAAGAGAUUCUCAGAAUUUUGAAAAAGGAACUUGUGAUUUGAACAAAGAAAAGUGCAGAAGAAGUAUCUGCAGGCCAGACUCAAGGACUCAUCAGUGCAGAUGUUCUAGUGGCUUUAUUUUAAGUCGAAAUAAACAGUUUUGUGAAGAUAUCAAUGAAUGUGGCUUCUGGAAUCAUGGCUGUACUUUGGGUUGUGUGAACAUCCCUGGCUCCUAUUAUUGCACCUGCCCGAGAGGUUUUGUUCUGCUGCCUGAUAGGAAAACUUGCCAUGAGCUAAUUUCCUGUACAAGUAACAACACUGAAUGUAGCCAUGGUUGCCUUCAAACAUCUAAAGGACCUGUUUGUUUUUGUCCUGAAGGAUCUGUACUCAAAGUGGACGGCAAAACAUGCACGGGUUGUACAUCUCCAGAUAAUGGUGGCUGUAGUCAGAUAUGUUCUUCACUAAGUCCAUCCUCCUGGGAGUGUGCUUGUUUCCCUGGAUACAGGCUUCAGCAAGACAGAAAGCACUGCACUGCUAUAGGUCCUAAGCCAUUUUUGUUAUUUGCAAAUGGCCAAGAUAUCCGACAGAUCAGUUUUGAUGGAACAGAUUAUGCAAGUUUACUUGACUGGCAGAUGGGAAUGGUCUUAGCACUGGACUCUGACCCAGUGGAAAACAAGAUUUACUUUGCCCACACUGCCUUGAAAUGGAUAGAACGAGCUAAUCUGGAUGGCUCAAAUCGUGAAAAAAUUAUUCAUGAAGCUAUAGAUAUACCCGAAGGCCUUGCUGUGGACUGGAUUAACCGUAAAUUGUAUUGGACAGACAGAGGGAAGGCGUGCAUUGAAAGGAGCAAUCUGAAUGGAAUGCAAAGAAAAAUGAUCAUCUGGGAGAAUAUCUCCCAGCCCCGAGGGAUUGCCAUCCACCCAUUUACUAAGAGAUUAUUCUGGACUGACAUGGGGGUCAAUUCCCGGAUUGACAGCUCUUCAUUAGAAGGCAUUGAUCGCCAGGUUAUAGCCAGCACUGGUCUGGUGUGGCCCAGUGGAAUAGCUCUUGACUACUUAGCUGACAAGGUGUACUGGUGUGAUGCUAAGAUGUCUGUGGUUGAGAGUGCAAACCUGGAUGGUUCUGGUCGUCGAAUUCUUGCCCAGAAUGAUGUAGGCCACCCUUUUGGUGUAGCAGUGUUUGAGGAUCACCUUUGGUUUUCUGACUGGGCUAGGCCAUCACUAAUGAGGGUGGACAAGAAGACCGGACAAAACAGGGUACGUCUUCGAGGCAGCAUGCUGAGACCCUCAUCAAUGGUUGUAGUUCAUCCUUUGGCGAAACCAGGGGUAAAUCCUUGCCUUUAUGAGAAUGGAGGUUGUGAUCAGAUCUGUGAAAACAAUUUUGGAGUUGCCCAUUGCACAUGCCGUCCAGGAUUUGGGAAAACUCAAGAUGGAAAAGCCUGUCGUGCUCUGGAUGCUUCCAACACAACAGCAGGAAGUGUCUCUGCACACAAGGAAGUAAUGCCAAUGGCAACACCAGACACCUUGCUCCAGAGAACACAAACCAGUGGGAUAUUCAAGGAUACAGACAAUGGGGAAAGGCAGAAUAUUGGCGUUUUCUUGAUGGCUGAAAUCAUGGUAUCAGAUCAAGAUGAUUGCUCAGCACUAGAAUGUUUUGUCAAUGCAGAGUGUGUUUUGCUGGAAGAUGGUGCAAUGUGCCAGUGUUUGAAAGGAUUUACCAGGAAGGGGAAAUCAUGCUAUGAUAUUGAUGAGUGUGCCGUAAAUAUGGACCGCUGUAAUAGAAACGUUUCAGUCUGCAUCAAUACGGAAGGGGGCUAUGUUUGUAAAUGCCUGGAAGGCUACACUGGAGAUGGAGUCCAUUGCUACGAUAUUGAUGAGUGCAAGAUGGGGUCCCACACCUGUGGAGAGAACGCAGCCUGUGCAAAUACAGAAGGAAAUUUCACUUGCUUGUGUGCUGAUGAUACUUCUAGAACUGUCAUCAGUUCCAAAGCUACUGUCACCCCCACUGUUGUCAGCAAUGAAUAUUCUACAGUCCCUGUGCAAGGUGAUAUUGUAGGAUGCCCUCCUUCAUAUGAGUCAUACUGUCUCCAUGGUGGAGUGUGCAAUUAUGUUGCUGAUCUACAAGACUAUGCCUGCAACUGUGUGACAGGCUACGUUGGGGAGCGGUGCCAGUUCAGUGACCUGGAGUGGUGGGAGCAGCAGCAUGCUGAGCGGGUGAAGAUGCGGAAUAUCACCAUCACUGUGUGUGUAACAGGGCUGGUCCUCCUGCUCCUGCUGGGCUUCCUGGCUGCCUACUGCCACAGAAGUCAAAACCUGUCUAGGAAGAAUCUCUAUGCAGAAGCGAUAAGAGAAGCCAGCAGCCAUGCUGACAAUGAGAACGUGACAGCUACUAGCAACAAGUCUCGGUUUGCGGUUGUUAAGGAGUGUAACAGUUCUCUGGAGACUAAAGCGGUUGAUCUAAUUGAGUGUGAGACAGCAGAUCCUCAUCCUGCCUGUCCUUCAGAAUAUGUGGAAGAACAGCCUAUAACAUAUAACAAAGCAGCAGAGACUUUGGCAGAAGAGGAGAAAGAACAAGGUUGUCACCAAGAGGUUCCUGUUGGUGAGAAAUCAUAUCAACCCAUGGGAGCAGAAAGGGACCCUCCUCAGGCUCCCUGGAGCAUCCACCCGAAGCCCCUGCUGGAAAGGGACCACUGCAAGCUUGCUGCAGCAAGCCUACUGAUGCAGCCAGACUAGAAGCAGCCUGGGUCUGAGCAGGAAAAGGAGGAAAGAUUAAGGCAAUAGAGAAUGGAAACUCAUUAAACACUGAAGCAGUCCCUUUUUUAUUCAAAUCUGCCUUAGGAAAAAGCAAACGACAGCCCACAAAUCAAAACAGAACAGAGGAGUCCUUACCACUCCUUCCCUGUCAUCUCUGCUUGGAAGAAUUACUGUGAGCAAUGUAUUAACAAUGAGUACUCUAUUAACUAUCACUUUAAGGGUCACUGCUGCUAACUUCAUUAGCUGCCUGCUACAAGGACACUGAGGGGAAAACUGACAAAUGGGUGAUUUUUCGAAGUAUUUUCUAGUGGAGUUGGUUGCAAACAGUGGUCUCUGCAUGUACACAGACUCUGGAAAUUGCCUAGAUAAUGGUCCACAAGGACAACUGCAGAGAAACUGGGAUGGAAGAUUGUGCAGGAAAAUGAGUUAAAAAAGAAUCUUUAUUACAGUAUUGUUCAUGGACACUAUAAGCCUUUUCCAGUUCUGCCUUCAGGCCAGAGUAACUUCUUGGACUUCACCAGAGAUAUUCUUGGAUCUUCUUCUGUAAGUGAGCACCAAAUGCAAUCUUGCAUUUCUCAGGUUUGAUGGGCUGGAGGAUUGUUUGUGAGCAUAUGGUGUUAACUAUGGUCAUGUCUAUGAAGUGAGAGGUAAUAUUUGAGGGGAAAGGUGUUUCUUCCAUUCAAUUUUCCAGUCUACACUGGUUCUUCAGAGCAUUUCAGGAUUGUUUCUGGAGUGAGGCUGUGGGUCUGAGUCCGCUUUCAGCCCCGCAAGGGGGUAUGUGCUGGAGCUGUCCU